GCGAGUAGGACCGUUUUAUUCCUAGUGAUUUAAUCAUGUGAGGGGACUGAAGAAGCCUUUUGUUAUCAACAUGAAGUCGGAUUUUCUGAAGAGGUAGUUGAUACCGAGGCGCCGUGCAGGGUGCUGACGGGGAGGAAUGCACCGAGCAGGUCAUUUUCCCGGACUAGGGUGGUGGGAGGCAACGGCCCCCGCAGUGUUGUGAGACUGAAGCUAGAAGAGCGGUCUUAGCUAGCUAGCAAAAACAGCAGGACUUCCGGAUGGGAUUUUCAAAAUGAAAAAGGCUCCCAGGAGAACUGGAUUUGUUUGGUGUGAAUUACAGAGACAAUGCUCUUACUGAUGCACAUAAAACCAUCUCAGACGAAGAAGUGCGGGACUCAUAAGUUUGCGGCAACGAUUCGUUACUCGUAAUCUUAAAAUACGCAAGAUUGACAAACGUACCGUUUUUACUUUGAAGUGGAGCUUAUCAUAUUUCCUCCCCAACGGCCGCUAGCUCUCUGUAACUUGACGUAUACAAGAAGGGGUGAAGUUACAAAGCCUCCAACCAAAACAAGACUUUAGAGCCUGUGGUGGACAACGACGCUUUGUUAUGAAUGGGACCUACCUCGUCUCACUGUGUGUUUUUCGACUCAAAUGCCGUUUAAACCGACGGGCCCGCCGUUUGUCUGAAAGCCGGUGGAGCCCCGGUGGAAAAUACGGUUUUCCGUUGAAGAUCAAAAUGUACCGUUCGACACUGACAAACGAGGAGAAGCUUUCGUAGCUGGAGGAGGAUUUCCUUCCCUGACUUUUCCUCCUCCUCUUGGCCCUCCCGGGAUCAAUGACCGGACCCAACUCCCCAAGCCGAACCGGCACCUCCCCGGCCAAGCUGAGCAGGCAUGGCCGGUCAAAGAGCACCAGCUCACACUGUCUCCUCCGCUGCAGCACCCAGGAGGAAUCCUCUGCCUCUCCCCCUAAUAACAGUUCCCGGUCCCCUGGGGAAGAAGAGGAGAAGGAUGGAGGAGUUCUCUUCUAUGUUAACCGGACGGGUUUUCCCAUUGAAAGCAUCACUUGGGAGAGGAUGUGGUCCCAUGUGGCCGCUGUGCACCCUGAGGGCCAAGAGAUGGUGGACAGGAUACGAAACGCUGCAUACCUUCCCAAGCAUCCUGUCCCCUCAGUCCCAACCUUCAAGCCGUCCAUGUCGGUCCCCGACUGGCUGGUGGCCAUCCAGAACUACAUGAAGGCUCUGCAAUACAACCACACAGGAACCCAGUUCUUUGAAAUCAAGAAGAGCCGUCCAUUGUGUGGGUUAAUGGAGACUGCAAGAGAGAUGAUCAGGGAGUCUUUGCCAAUCAAAUGCCUCGAAGCCGUCAUCUUGGGAAUCUAUCUGACCAACGGCCUGACAUCUCUUGAGCGUUUCCCCAUCAGCUUUAAGACCCAGUUUUCAGGCCACUGUUUCCACCACGUUGUGCUGGGCGUCUACUGCAACGGUCGCUAUGGAUCGCUGGGCAUGAGCCGCCGCCAGGAUCUGAUGGACAAACCGUUGACCCACCGCACACUGGGAGAACUGGUGGCUGAGUUUGAGAGCUCCUACAAGAGAUACCAGCACACUCUGAAGAAGGUGAAGAUCGGCCUGUAUGUGCCUCAUGACCCCCACGUCUUCCAGCCAAUCGAAUGGAAGCAUUUGGUGCUGAAUGCUGCCAGACUGGGAGCUCAGGAGAUGAGGAAGGAGCUGGAGAAACAUGGUCGGGACAUGAGGAUGAAGAUCCUGAAAUCUUCCAGCGCCCAGUCACCAAUCAAAGAGCGGAGCCGGGGAAAAUCCUUAUCACCACGGCGACGACAGAGCAGUCCCCAGCGACGCUUCACACACCGCAGAGACAAAUCGCCGGCCUCGGUGGAGAGGAAACCCCCGGAGCUCAGCACUCUCAACGAUGGCUACCAGAUCCGCAUCUGAUGCUCUCCCUCCACCUCCCAGACAUGUUCGGCCGUCCCACAUCCGUCCAAACGUCUCAGCCAGCCACCAGCAGGAGAAGUCACUACAGCACGGACUCAAACAAGGUGGAUGAUGAACACACAAAAAAUAUGUUACAAGAGCUUUUCUGAGCUUUAACAGGAAAAACUUCUUUAAAGCUGAGACAUUCUGGUCUGGCGUCUAUACUUCGAGGUGUUUAUCUGUUUAGUAUCCAUGGAUCCAUGACAGUGUCAACACACGGCCUGAGAAUGGCUGCUUCUUUUUUUUUUUUUUCUAACCGACACAUUUCAGUCAUGUAGCUGAAACACUUCACCUCUGAUGUCGGAUACGUUCAGAUGAAGUGAUCAGUUUAUUUCUAGAUUUCCAACAUUUCAGUCAAAUGGUGAUAAGAAAUCUGCGGCGGAGAGCCGUCGUGUCCUGACAACAUGUGACCCCCUCAGAGACCAUGUGUCGUAGAGAAGAGCUAGAACAGGAGCAGUUAUUACUAUUACUAUUACUACUAUUACUAUAUAGCAGUGACAAUGCUAUUUGUAUUUCCACUACAAAUAGGUGAAGGUGUUUACCCUCAAUUAGCACAAAACACAGCUGAGAAAAAUCUGAACUUAUUGGUGGUGUAAAAUGAGAAGUUAUCAUAGUUCCUCUGCUGAGAAUUUGGACAGUUAAUAUGUUUUGUGGCGGUGACUUUACAGGUUUUCAUUUUGUCAGUUCACCGACAUGGCAGUGUUCACCUGGAGGCUACAGGGAGACAAAGGCAGCAUGAGAUCAGAAGGAAACAGGAGAUUGACAGGUGUAGCUGUUACCUCACUGAUCCUCACAUACCUGCGUAACCACUGCAGCCCAUUGGUUUCACCUUUAAGAAAAAGAAGAAAUGUUCAGAAGUUACGUUUUAGUUACACUGACUUUGCCAAAACCUUGCCAAACCAACAGCAGUUUAAAUAAGAUGACUAAGUAGACUUCUAUAUGCAGAUGCUAUUGAUCAGUGGACGAGUUUCGAAUAAGGAGAGGACGUUCAAUGAAGAAUGCAGGGAAAACAAAGAGGCAGAGUCGAUGGAGUGGAAAGGGGGAGGAUAAAACAGAGGAAGAAGAGGAGAGGGGGAGAAGAGUGAGGAGAGGAUUCACUGCAGAAGAUCAGAGAACGAUCGUUAGAGCACUGCGGCAAACCUCUGUCUCUCAUUCCCGCUUCUUCUGCCCUCUGUUGACACAUAACUGAAUAUAUAACCACGGCUCUGUUUCCAUCCAACGUCAGAGAGAAACUCUGCAGACUCUUCUCUUCUCUUGAACUAGAAGUUAUUGUUCUUUGGUGUUUACAGCCAGUGGUCACAGCAGUCAGUGCUUUAAAGAAACACAAAACAGUACUGUAACAAGAAAUAAGUGGUGGCUGAAACACUGUUCAUUCAAAGUCCAUAUCAUUAUUUAUUUAGCACACUGAUUCCUGUUAUGUGUAUUUGGAAGGGAAAGCAUCAGGUGUUGGAUGGAAAACAAGCCGUAGGUUAAGCUGCAGGAUGGUUUACGUGUGGAGUAGUCACACUGAAAAAUGACUACACCAACGUUACUAAACUUCCACAAACAGUCUAGAUCAGAGCCUGAGAGUCGGGACCAGGAAGAAUCUGAGGGGUCACCACUGAUUAAAGGGAUGAGAAAGAAAAUCAAAGCUGUGGAGGUUAAAGGUGGUGAGGGCCGUGGGGUCAGGAUCCUCUGAACAGCUCUAACUGUUGGUCACAAAAUGAUUGAGAUUUGUCAUGUUUUAAUCUCUGAUGAGACAAAGGACACGGCUGCAAGUCUGCAACACGAGGGGUGAAAAACGUCAAAGUGUUUGUGUUAAAGGACUUUUUCAAUCAGUAAAUCAUAUUUUCAUUUCAGUGCAGGAGACAAAUGAGAGUCAGGAAACUGGAAGUUCCCAGAGCGGCUCGAUCGAUCGUCCUUCCGCUCUGUGAAGCUUCAGUACCAAGUGACCUAUGAGAGUCUAUUCAGUACUGUAUCCUCUGUUUUGUGCUCGUAUGCAUGAUGUAUCAUGAGGAUUGUCCAAAAAUCAAAUCAAGCCUAAAUGUGAUUGUUUUUUGGAUUCUCCUGUUGAGGCCUUCGAUGAAUCACAGCUAAGAAGCUUGAAAUCUCACGUGUCCAGUAUGAUACUCAUAGAUGAUUUCAGCCAUUUCAACCACCAGUAAACACAUGCAAAUCCGAAAAUACCACAUAUCACAGCCAGAGAUAAAUCAGUAUUCAGUUCCUAUCACUGUACAGAUGCUGUUAGGUGUCAGUGCAUCUACGUUUAUUUGUGUUUGUUAAAUCCACAGAAUGUGAAGUUUUAUACCUUCAGUCUGAGAACUGUAGAAGUCAGUUUAGAAGUACAGCCACCGUGCUCGGCUGCUGGUCUCUGACCUGCUCUGUUCACAGAAUUAUGGGGCUAGAUGCUUUGCUCAGGGGCAUCUUUAGUGGAGCUAAUGGGAAAAGAAAAUAAAUCCAUGAUUUAAAAAAGGCUAGCGCUUGGCUACUUAGAACUGAAUUGGCGAUACAACUAUUUGCCUUUGAGAUACUUAAAAAAAAAAAAUAAAAAAAACUGACUUGUGUAGUUUUCAUCUGAAGGAUUAACAUGGAAGAAGAUUGUCUUUUCCAAAACCAGGCAUGAAGAUUAUCUUUGUUCAGUAAAGCUGCAUCAGGCAAUUUAAGAUUUUUAGUUUUGGUAAAAAUAAAAUCCACGGGACACCGUUAAUGGGAAGGGGAACUGGGUUUACUUGAAGCCAAUUUGUGAUUCAAACUGAUGUGAAGGGUCUGUUUUUAUAAAUGCUGCCUGUUGUAGCUUUAACUUUAGCUCUAACAGAGUGAAGAUGAUCUUACAUACCUGUUCAGGAGUCUGUGUCCAGAUUAUUUUCAUCUGAUUGUUCUGUCACUUUUCUUUGAAUGUGUCACGGUGUCUUCUCACUCACAGAACCAGUGUGUUUUGUUGCCAACUGAAAUGUACAAACAUUUUAUAUGAGCUUUUUGGAUAAACAAUAAGCUAUGCACACGCUGUGUUGGAGAGCAGACUGUGACAAAACAAAAAAAAACAAAAAAAACUAAAAUCUUUGUCUUCCACAGUUCGAAUGAUGGUGGAAGGUGUUUAUGGCUCAGUCUACACAAAAACAAACCACAUUUUCAACCACGUGUACAGAAACAUCUCUUGGUCAUUUACAAUAAUUCUACUCGCCAAGUAUGACCAGGUCCCCUCAGCAGCUUUCCUUCAGAGUAUAAAACACAAAACCUACAGCUUCCUCUCUGUGUAGAUCCAGCCUGAGCCAUUAUCACUGAUUCAAGGUGCUGUGAGAAAAAGCAGAAUAUUUAUACAUAUUUCUGUUGUUCGGCCAGCAGUGGACCAGAGCACAACCCAGAGAGAGAGAUCUGACAGUCACAUCUCCAACUCUGGCACAAACCAACCAGCUCAACAUGUUAAUAUUUGUAUUGAAAGUUAUGUGUUGAUACUUUCUACAGGCUCAAUGUUUGGUAGCAUUAAAAAAAAAAAAAAAAAGCACAGUGCUGCUUUGCUUUUUUGAGUAUUAAGUCCUUUUUCUCACUGGAGAACAAAAACAUAGAAAUGAUGCAUUUUCAUACUGAAGAAGCAGCGGAUCUCAGAGUGAAUUUUUCAGCAAUGGCAAACACUUAUUUUCUGACUGACAUUCGUGUAUUUUUGGAUCUAAACAAAUGGAGAUUCAGCGGUUACUAAGGGCCUAAAGUUCACUAAUCUCUCUCGAUGCACAAAUAACCACAAAGACUUUGGGUUCAAAGACAAAACUCACAGCUGCAGUUCUGGGGUUUUCACCCAACAACAAAGACAAACUACCUGACUGCUCAGUGCGGAUGCAGAAACUGCCAGGCCGUGACUGGAGUCGCAGAGGACAUUAAGACAUCAGCCUGAAAACAUGACACUCAAUGUAGCAACUGAGAUCUGUUGUUAUGUCAGUUUGCAAUAGAGACUUCUGUGCUUGAUAGUUUAUCUUAUUGAAUGUUUCCUUUUUUGUUUGUAUUGUUUUUUUUGUUGUUGUUUUUUUUAUUUUAAAGAUUAUCUUUGGAGUUUUGCGUUCUAAAAUCUGUUAUAUCAGGACAUUUGGGUUCGAUUCACUGAUUGUACACUAUGAUUUUGAAUGAGAAGCAUUUGUUAAAAAUGAAAAA